AUGGACACUGAGAUGACAUCCCCAGCUCCUACAGCCGACUUCGAAACUAACCUCCUCGACCACUUCACCUCAAAGUCUCGACGCGAUGACAAUCACACUUACGCUACAUCAAUCCACAUUAAGUCCAAAGCCCAAGCCACAGCCUUUGCGCGCACAACCUCCACCCAGCCUCCCGAUCGCACCCUCGUCCUAUGGAUCAACAGCAGCGUCAGCGGCGACCUACGCAACGAACCCUGCGCUGUCGCAAUCGGCUACAACUCACCUGUAACCUCCGCCUGGACCGCCCAAGUCACCAUUGCACACUAUACCAACGCAAACGAAGCCAUCCUCUUAUCUAUCGGCGAAGCCCUCCGCAUCGCAGCAACCCCAUCAAUAACCGAGCACAUCGAUCGCAUACUGGUCUUCUCAGAUGUGCAACGCGUUCUGAAGAGUAUGAGGAUGGGCCAUCCGUUCGGGUUGGUGAGGGAUAGAUGGCUUGUAGACGAUAUACCCCAUCUCACCAAACAACUAGCCGAGAAGAGCGUGGAAGUGGAGUUUCACUGGUUGCCUCCUCUCUCCAGGAUAGAGCCUCACCAACGCAUACGUCAUACCUCGCAGCGGUUCAAGAAGCUUGCGCUGGCUGAAUAUCCGGCUGAGUUACUCGAUCGGAGCGUUAGUUUCCCGCCGGUGAGACUGGACGCGGAACUUGUCACGGGAGGUGCGGGAGAAGACUUCGUGGGCGGAUGGCUGUCUGCUGCGUUCAAGGAUGUUAAGGUUUUGCCGCGAAGAGAGCUGAGUCGUGAUCUGAGGGUUCAGGCCAGGCAGGCUAUUAAUCAGAGAAGGAAGGAGAGGAAGGAGAAGGCCAAGGCGAGGAGGAUUAAGGAUAAGGCAGAGAGGGAGAUCAGGAAGAUGGAGAAGGAGAUGAAGAAGGAGAUGAGGAAGUUGGUGCGUAAGAACGAAAUGAAGGUGGAGGAGCAGGAAGUGCUGGGUUUGGAAGAUGACAGUGAGAUGGAGAUUGAGGAGCAGGAAGUCCUGGGGUUGGCGUAUGACAGUGAGAUGAAAGUGGAGGAGCAGGAAGUUCUGAGUUUGGCAGAUGACAGCGUGGCGACUACAUACGAGCAUUUGGACAACUUUGGGGAGCAGGAGAGGCCAUGUAUGCUCGUGGAGAAGUUUGAAAAUAUGGAUUUGGUUUGA